CAACAGCAGGUGUCAACGUCUGGCAGCAGCGUCCACACAUUUCCGUGUUCGCGCUGUUUGUGUGUGUUGGUGUGUUAGUGUGUUGGAGUUUGCAGGAGACUUGCUGUGGGUUUCCCCGGGAACCUCUGACGUUUGCGAGUAACCCAGUGUCAACGAGGUAGUAUGUUGUAAUAAGAGUCAUCGAUCAGCCCAUAUCGAUAAUCGAUCAUCGAGCGUGACGAUGCGCGUUGCUAGACUAAACUAGCUCACGUCUGUACAAGACAGGCCACUAGGUGGCGCCCCUCUCGUGGUUGCAAUAACGGCGUGUGGGCAGGCUUGAUUACGUCACGGAAAUUCUCCAGCAAGCUAGAAGAAGACUCCGGUAGAGGGCGCGCCACUCAGCGCCCCGUCUGCUUCUGGUUCUGGGGGUUGAACCGUGACAUCGUCUGGCCAGGAAUGGCACGUGACAUGCUCAAGCUGGACCCGUUCCACAUGUCUCUGCUCAAGUCUAACCUCGUACUGAGAGAAAGUCUGGGAGACGCCGACGUCCACCUACUUGACCUGGUCACCACCGCCGAGGAUGAGGCAUUCGAAUGUUAUGUCAACCAGUCUAUCGCCAGCGUCGGUAUGCAGAUAGCCCUGGUGGAUACUCUGCGAUCCUUCGGGAUUGAACCGGACAUGCUGACCGGAAUCUCGAUGGGAGAGCUGACGUGCGGUUACGUCGACGGAUGUCUGAGCCGCAAGGAGGCGCUGCUGUGCUCCUACUGGAGAACCAAGUGUCUGCUUGAUGCCGACGUGCCGCCAUGUUACACGGCAUUUGUUGCCAUUCCUCCCAGCGAUCUAGAGACGAUGCUACCACGUGACAUCAAGCUGGUGAUAGAUGGCAGCACUGAGGGAGGCAUCAUCAGCGGUACGUCGCAAUCCAUGGAUAGGCUGCUGAAGACGAUGACAGAUAAUGGCGUCUUCGUGCACAAGAUGGCGCCCAACAUAGGCGGCCACAACUGUCAUGUCGUGGCUCCAGCUGUACCGAUACUCCGCAAGCAGCUAGACAAGGUGACUCCUGCAGGCCAUCACGGGGAUGAAUACCCGUUUGACGGUAAGUCCGGUGUGUUGGCGCAUGCGUUCUACCCCGGGGAGGAGAUAGGAGGAGAUGCUCACUUCGACGAAGACGAACCAUGGAGCUUAGACGAAGACAAAGGCGUACAUUUUCUCGCUGUGGCGGCCCAUGAAUUCGGUCACAGUCUGGGGCUGGAUCACUCCAACAACCAGGAUGCUCUGAUGUUUCCUUAUUACCAAGGUUACCGCGACAAUCUGCCGUACGAUGACACGCGGGGCAUACAGGCACUUUACGGUCCUCCCAAGACGCCGCAGCGGAUUACGACCACCAGAGCGCCGUAUAUCACUAGGCCCCCGUACACACGACUCACGUACUCCACACGACGCAGCUCCGGCCGCACGCCGCCGACGACGACGACAACAACAACACCGCCACCUAGCGGCACGCCUAGCAGAUGCAGCGCCACCUUUGAUGCAGUGGCGGUGGUUAGGACAGAGCUGCAUGUGUACAGCGGAAAGUAUUUUUAUCGCAUGACGGCACCAGGUGUCUACGAGAGCAGGUACGGUGAUAGGGAGCCGAUCUAUCAGAAGACGAGUGAGUUUUGGCGCGGAUUGCCAGACGAAAAAAUGGACGCCGUGUACCAGCGGAGCACCGAUGGCGCCAUCAUCUUCUUCAUCGGCGAUCGCUUCUGGGUUUAUAAUGACAACAGCGGUCCACUUCCCAGCUUCCCGCGACCGCUGACUGACCUUGGACUCCCUGCCGACGUCAGAAGCAUAGACGCAGCAUUCGUCUGGGGUCACAACCAGAAAACCUACCUGUACUCGUACGUGAGACCAGUGAUGCUGAGACAGCGACAGCUCGGCCUGCCCCCUGGUGGCAUUGUCGUCGAGGUCUCUCCUAACAGCUUCAUGAAGAAGACGAAGCUUCAGGCAGACGUCGAUGUCAUACCUGUCAUGAUGCACCCUAACCCCAGCAGCAGCAGCAGCAGCGACUACUUCCUAUCAGCCGUACAGCUAUGCUUAGAUCUCAUGUCGAAACAACGCCGCCGUGACGUCCCCACGUCAGAUAGUAGCGUGCUGUGA